GUGGGUUAAAACUGUUUCACUGCAUCUGUCCGUCUCUCCUCAGGGCUGAGCCCCAACGACAUCCUAAAGAACAACUCGAGCUCGCAUAAAGAUUGGGAACAAGACGAAGAAGAGGAUCUCAGCGGCCUUCAUCCCGGCGCGCUGUUGUACCGCUCUGCUGCGCUGCAGAACUUCCCCGUCAUGGCGGACGCGCUGGCCCACGGAGCCGACGUCAACUGGGUGAACACGGGCGAGGAUUCGAGCACACCUCUGAUCCAGGCUGUGUCCGUGAAUGCUUUGGCAGCCUGUGAGUUCCUGCUGCAGAACGGCGCCAACGUCAACCAGGCGGACAGCAACGGGAGGAGGCCGCUGCACCACGCCACCAUCCUGGGCCACACAGGGUUGGUUUGCCUGUUCCUGAAACGAGGAGCAGACUACAACGCACGAGACAAGAACGAGAAAGACCCCAUAACCAUCGCCGUGGACAAUGCAAACGCAGACAUCGUAACUCUGCUGAGGAUCGCCAAGAUGAACAAAGAGAUGCGGGAGAUGGACGGAGCCUUCGGCCAAUCAGGUGAUGAAACGUACCAGGACAUUUUCAGAGACUUUUCACACAUGGCCUCUAAUAACCCGGAGAAGCUCAGGCGCCGCAGUGCAGACCCUAAACCUUAACAUCAACCCCCCCUCGCCUGUCCUUCUGUCCAGUUCCUCCUUUCACAGCCCUCAACCCAAACACACACUUUCUUUUUUUUACUUUUUACACAAUGGAAACGAUUGAGCUC